UUCCUCUUGUUCGAGAUCGUGUGUUAAAUUUUGUUCAACGCAGGUCGAAAGGUUAGACGAAAUCCUCGAUUGAACCGCGUUCCGUGUACCCGCCUGUGUGCGAUUUAUAAACGUAGCGAAUCGAUGAUGCGGAUUAUAGGCGGAGGUUUUUACGAUAAAAUCCUAACCAGCGGGGGAAACUUUUCAAUUGUUGCAAAAUUCUCAGGGUCGGUUUGUGGAAGAGCUAUUAUAUUGGAGGAAACGUGAUCUGGUAUUGUAGGUACUACCAGGUCGACCUGAUCAACGAGGGCUGAACGAACGUCUCAAUGCCAAAUCUGAAGAAAUAACGAAAACUACGAGAGUGAGACCUUGUUAACGAUGCCGUAGUCACAAAGCCUAUUCAGAGGCGUGCAGGUAUAAUACGGAUGGAUGGAUAUGCGAGUAAUUAAUAGUCGGACACCUGCGGCCGCCGGUUUCGUCAUAAUCAUUUGCCUCGAAAAACCGGCGUGUGCUAGUUUAUUACGGAUAUUUAAGGUAUCGCAUAUGUAGAUGUGCCGUAAAUCGUUUUCUCGUCGUUCAGUAAAUUAAUUAACCGCUACUUCACCUCAAAACGCGCCGGAGUUCAAGGUGGAGAGAAUAAAAAGAAGUAGAAGAGAAGAAAUAAGUAAAUAAAAAUAAUAAUAUACCAUAUACUUAAUCGCCUAUAAAUUUCCACAAUUUACUGGCAUUGGAAUAGGGAGUUACGAGGUUUACCUCGUACAACAUUAAACAUGUAGCAUAGUUGACGACGACGACGACGACGAUGAUGAUGAAAAAAGCUAAAUGAAUCCAACAAAAUCCCUUUCGUAAUGCCCUGCUUUGACGGGGAAGAGUUGCAUGUGGAUUUGGAACUGAUGAAUGCUGGACUGGCUGCCAUUUCCGUGAAGGAACAAAACGCAGAAGAUACGCAAGAAGAGGCCAAUAUUAGGCACAGAAAUUCAUUCUGGAAUGUCCACCGUCCAGAAUUGUCUAAGCUAAGUUGGGCCGUCAAUCACACACCCAAGAACAUUGAAACUUACUUGAAAAAUCAUGCUGAAAAUCGAGAUGUUCGUAAUGAUUUGUUGAACUGCAAUAUCCCACCAGCAGAUUUUAACCAAUUGACAGUGAUUCAUGCAACUUCAGACCGGCAUGCAAGUUCUGAUCAGAACUAUUUGCUUACAUCCAAGCCGCAAACAAUUCAAUUCAAUGAUGACGAUUUAGCGUCACCGACAACAUUACACAAAAGUCGGGCAGAAUUUUGUGUCACUAUUGGGAGCAUCGAGGAGAAAUCAAUUCCAGAGACUUCUGAGCCCUCCAGCUCAAAAAUCAGUGAAGAGAAUAGAAUGACUUGGAAUAACAAUAACAGAGCAAGCAAUUCUAAAGUAUGUAAAUAAAUAAAUGUUGCAUCGAAACUUAGUUUGUUAUGGCAAUUUUUUGUCUCACAUUUAGGGAAGUAUGCAAACAUAGAAAUGUGGUUACGCAAUCAGAAUCCAAAUAGGGACAGUCAGGAAAUUUUGAUAAACAACAUCCAGAUGGGAUAUCAAAUACUUCGCAAGAAAUAUUAGUUGCACUAAUGGAUGAUACUGUAUAGCGUAGAGCAGAUCUUUAACUAUGGCUUGAGUUUCAAAUUAGUACAAAGAGAGUAUGUUAUACAUAUCUUUCUGGUGUCGCUAUUAUAAUUUUUUGUGGUCCGGAAAUCCGGAAAUACUACAAAUCUGUUCCAACUCCAACUCGUCGGUUUAUUUAGACUAUUUUUUAUCUAUAAUAAAAUUUCAAUAUUUAAAGUGUAAAUGUAAGCUUGUGAAUAAAUUCGUCACAGGGAUUUUGGCUGCAAAGUCUUGGUAGAUCUGCAGAUUUUUAAUUUUUCAUUAAUGCUAACUUAACUCGAGACGUAUUUAGACCGUUACUAAUUACAUCUUCCUUUCUGGCACAUAUGAAGGUCAUUACGUGAUUU